AGAUGCUUGAUAAUGCCAUGCUGGAGCAAAGGGGCUCCGGACUGCACAUUUAUACACGUUCACAUUUGCCUCUGUGGGAAUUGGAAGUUUGGUAUUGCAAAUACACUUUUGAAUAUGUGAAAAUAUAUGAACGCCUCUGCUCACCCCAAAACACCACCAGUUAAACGCAUAGCCUAUUUCAGCAUAUAUUUUUUUCUCUGUUUCAACGCCUCAGUAAUUGUUUUCACAGCUCGUGCCCAUGCAACACACAGCCAUCCCCUGACAGGACAGCGCUGGCAAGGGCUCCAUCCACGAUCUCAAAUCUAAUGGUGUGAAUGAGGAGGAAUCGGUGUGAUGUGGGGCUGUGCGCUGCCUCGAUGAAUAAUGUAGAUGGGCAUCAGCAUGCGUCUAUAGUCUCUGCGAAAACAAGGACGCUGAGAAUCAACGCACACAGCCUUUUCUGCUCAUUUAACAGCGACUUCGAGUAUGGAAACGGGUCUGGUCGCGAAUCAUCAAGUGACAAAUGUUGGAAGCGGAGAUCCCCCUCCUUCGCCUCAUCAUCGCACACCUCCACAGCAACAGUCGCAAGCAUCAUUCCAUCAGCAGCGAGCCGUGCACAACAACAACAUCAACCCGACACCCGCGCGCGGAGAUCGACAGCAGCAUGGAGGGAAAGAGAACGCUCUGGAGACGCAGGUCGAUCGCCAUCUGUGUUUGCUGAACACAAGCGACGAGGAGGAGCGCUCGUCCAAAACCGGGGGGGAUCGGAUGGGCAGCAGGUACGAGCACUCCAACUUUGGACCAUCGAGCAACAAUAACAACAACAACAGCGGCGGCGGCGGCGGUGGCGCGUCCCAAAGCGGGAACAGCUCCGUUUCUGAGUUGAAUCAUUAUUACGGGAAUGGAAGAGGAGGGCCUUGCUUUGAUCAACAUGGCGGACAACAAAGCCCUAGGACGGCUUUAAUGCAUCAAGCACAGGGCAGCAUGGAUCAAGUGCAAAACUCCCACGAAGGGUACCAUAAUAAUCCAUACAACCACUAUCCCAACUACCGGCCGGGGUACGGUGGCGCUGGAUACGGUAUGAUGAGCCCAUCGCGGCAGGGGAACAUGAUGGGCCCCGGUACCAAUUCGCCUACCGCCGCUGCUGCUAGUCAUGGCAAGGCUGCUAUGGCCUCAACUACCCCAGCUCCCGGUGCCAACGUUGGGGGCUUUCAGAGGUUCCCCGGACAAAACCAGCAGCACCCUUCUGGAGCUACACCCACCCUAAACCAGCUCCUGACAUCUCCGAGUCCGAUGAUGCGCGGAUAUUGCAGCGGUUAUCAAGAUUACAGUAACCCGCAGCAGCAGCAGUCCGGGAUGGGUUUGGGCAAAGACUUGAGCUCCCCGUACAGCCCAGCUGCCAGCCACGGCUGGGGAGCACAACAAAGAAACCACCCGGCCAUGAGCCCUGGGAAUAACGGGAACAGCAGAGCUCAGCAGGUGGCACCUAUGGACCCUAUGGCCAUGAAGCGUUCUCAGAUGUAUGGGAUGGGCAACAGUCCCUACUCUCAGCCGGGCGGAACAUAUCCAGGGCAGCCAUACGGAUCACCCACUCCUCACCGAUACCCAAUGGGAAUGCAGGGGCGUGGCCAAGUGGGCAUGGGAGGGAUGCAGUACCCUCAGCAACAGCAGAUGCCGGCUCAAUAUGGGCCACAGGGAAUGGGCGGCUACUGUCAACAGGGUCAGCCCCCAUACUUCAGUCCUCCACAGCAUCAGUCUGCAGCCCCCUCUCAACCCCACUACAUGCAGCAGCGCGCUCCAACACAACAGGAGACUCUGCAGGAGGGAUAUGGUAGCAGGGGCCAGUCUGGGAAACCAAACCACGAUGACAUGGGUCUUACUCAGCAGGACCGCCCGUCCAGCCUCCCGGAUCUGUCUGGCUCUAUAGACGACCUCCCCACCGGAACAGAGGCGGGUCUCAGUUCGGCCGUCAGCGCUUCGGGUUCCACCAGUAGCCAGGGAGAACAGAGUAACCCCGCCCAGUCACCCUUCUCGCCCCACGCCUCGCCCCGGGUCCCCAGCAUGCGCAGCGGGCCCUCGCCCUCGCCGGUUGGAUCACCUGUGGGUUCCAGCCAAUCACGAUCUGGGCCCAUAUCACCUGCCAGUGGGCCAGGUACACAGAUGGCCCCUCAGACCCCAGGGAACGUUCCAGACGUGGGCUCACAUUCCACUCACAGUCAGUCGCCCAUGUCUCAGGAGAGAGGAUUUGCACCUAACAUGCAGAGCAAUGCACCUGGUCCCCAGUUUGUAGGCCAGCAGCCUGGACCUUCUAUGUCUCCACACUCCUGUCCCACUGGCCCUGUGCACCAUAGUGUGGGCUCCUAUCAGCUGGGCCCCUCUUAUGGGCCUCAGAGUGGCCAGUAUGGUCCUUCAGGUAACUACCCACGCCCUUCUAACUAUGGCGGAGCACCAGGUGCCAACUACAGCGGCCCCGGCCCAGGCAUGGUCAACAGUCUUGGCAUGAAUGCCAGCAGUCCAAUGCACGGGCAGGGUCCAGGGCAACCCUGUGGCUCUGUGACCACGGCUCGAGGACCAGGGCAAGCAGCCAGUGGCCGGCCGUACCCAGCAGGCUCCAGCAGUGUGGCUCCAACCUCACCCAACAUGCCUCAGUCUGCUGGCCCAGGAAUGGGUCCACCUCCUCCCAACGUCAGUCGCAAACCCCACGAGAGUGGCCCUGCAUCUGGCCAGCAGAACCCAGUCCCCUCUGGACAGCCCAGGCCUCCCUUUGGCAGGUCCCCUGUAUACCCAGGCCUGUCUGGGCCUGGGGGACGGUCAGCCUCCUUCCCUAUCCCUCACCCCCAUCACCCUCACUACAGUUCUGGGCAAGGCCAGGGGCAGCCUCACGCUGAGCUAUAUGGGCCAGGCGGGUAUCAGGGUGGGCCCCACAUGCUUGGGAUGGGUCCUGCAGGCCCCUACAACCAUCCACCGAGCAACAGCUCAGCCAGGAUGACCCCUCAAGGACUGUCCUACAACACAAUGCCCACAGGGCCCAUGACAGGCUCAGGGGACAGCAUGAUGCCCACCGAUCCCAAACAGAGAGCUGAGCACAAGGAGGAGGGCAGCACACCCACCACAGAGCCUCCUAAGCCAAAGGACAACUACGGCUCUCAGUGUGUGUCCCAGCCUCCCACCCCGUCCCCUCUGUCCCCCAGCCCAGCUAGUCUGUCCUCUUAUCAGGGGGACGACAGCGAUAGCAUUAGCAGCCCUGCCUGGCCAAAGAACCCCAGCAGCCCUAAGCACAUUUUGGGGAACAUGACAAACGAGAAGAUAACACGGCUGUACGACAUGGGCUGUGAGCCGGAGAGGAGGGCAUGGGUGGAUCGCUACAUCACCUUCAUGGAGGAGAGGGGCACGCCUGUCCCCAACCUGCCUUCAGUGGGCAAGAAGCCGCUGGAUCUGUGCCGCCUCUACCUCUGUGUUCGAGAAAUCGGAGGCUUGGCUAUGGUAAAUAAGAACAAGAAAUGGAGAGAGCUGUCCACCCACCUGAAUGUGGGGACAUCCAGCAGCUCUGCCAGUUCCCUCAAGAAGCAGUACAUCCAAUACCUGUUCACCUACGAGUGCAAGGUGGAGCGCGGAGAGGAACCCCCACCCGAUGCGUUCACCAUGGGAGACAGCAAGAAGCAGCCACAGCAGGCCAAGAUCCAGCCACCCUCACCUGCAAACUCAGGCUCUCUUCAAGGGCCGCAGACUCCUCAAUCUACAGGCAGCAGCACUAUGACAGAGAUGCCAGGGGACCUAAAGCCGCCUACACCAGCUACCACACCCCACGGACAAGUGACCCCUCAGCCAACUGGCAGAAACAGUGGUGUUAGUGUGCAAGAUCCGUUCUCUGAAAGCAGUGACCCAGCCUUCCAAAAGCGAGGCCCCAUGCAUGGAGGAGGAGGCAGCGGAGAUGCCACCUCUAGAAUGCAGUUUGACACCAGUAAGGAUCCCUAUGGAGCUGCUAGGAAAGGUGGCUCUGAGCCCUUCAUGCCAGGGCAGAUGCCAGGUAGUGGCAUGCAGGAUAUGUAUCCACGUGGACCGCCCUCAGGGAUGGGUAUGGGCCCACGACCCCAGUACCCCUACAACCCUGGUUUUGAGAGGAGGCCAGACCAUGUCAUGGGUCCAGAGGGGGGAAUUGCUCCCCCUGGAAAUCAGAACAACAUGGUGCCUUCCAAUAGUGAUCCCAGCAUGUUCUCAGGCAAUAGAUACGCCUCUCAUCAGAGACAUGGACAUGACGGCUAUGGGCAGCAGUACCCUCACAGUAUGCCAUAUGGCGCACAUGGGAUGUAUCCCCAACAGCAGGGUUAUAAGCGGCCUGGGGAAGGGAUGUAUGGCCCUCCUACUAAGCGCCAUGAGAGUGAAGCCUAUGGUUUGCAGUACGGUGGCCAGCAGCCUGACAUGUAUAGUCAAUAUGGUUACCCAGAGCACAGACCCAUGCAAAGUCCAUUCCCCUAUACAUAUGGCCGUGAUCGCAUGCAGCCAGGUGGGCAGGGACCUCCUCAGCACAGCAUGAUGAGUGGUGGACCACCCCCAUCCUCCAACUCCAGCGGUGGUCCUCAAGGGAACAUGUGGCACACCAGGCACGACAUGAGUUACCCUUACCCCAGCCGGCAGGCUCAUGGGGUCCCCUACCCCUCCAUGAGCCGUGGAGAUGAUCCAGAAAUCAGGGCUAGUCAGGACAGUCAGUGGCCUGGUCAGCGUCAAUCCCCCUACCCACCACACUCUUUGUCCUCUUCCAGCUCCAUGCCCCCCAUGGCUAGCCGGCAACCACCUUCUUCCUAUCAAUCUCCUCCAGCGAUGCCAAACCAUAUCUCUCGAGUCCCAAGCCCUGCACCAUUCCCUCGGUCUGUGGGUGGCUCUAUGUCACCCAAUAAGGCUCAUAUGAUGGCCUCUAUGAAACAGAUGCAAAAGCCGGGUGGCCCAGGGUCGAUGCCAAGCUCUCAUAGUGGUCUUCCUGGGCAAGGCUUCCCGACAAUCCAUCGGGAAGUCACUUACCCACUGGACUCUGUGGAAGCUACGCAGCCUCAGCUUAAACCUCGCCGAAGGUUAACAUCCAAAGAAAUUGGCACACCAGAGGCUUGGCGUGUGAUGAUGUCCCUGAAGUCUGGUUUGCUUGCUGAGAGCACAUGGGCCCUGGAUACUAUAAACAUCCUGCUUUAUGAUGACAACACAGUGUCUUCCUUUGGCCUGUCUCAGAUGCCCGGUUUCUUGGAGCUCAUUGUGGAAUAUUUCAGAAGGUGCUUAAUAGAGAUCUUUGGGAUCCUUGAAGAAUAUGAAGUUGGAACAGAGGGUCAGAAAACUCUUCUUGGUCCAUGUUCGGAGCCCUCAGAAACAGAGCAACCUUCCAAACAAGACUUAAAAAGACAAUCCAGUACAGAACAUGUGGGGAGAUUAGAUGUGGAGCCUGAGAAACCUCAGCCAAGCAGCUCAGCAGCAGCACUCAAUAUGGAGAAAAGGGAAGACUCUCCCGAGGGUAAGGCCGACACUGCUAAAGAACCAUGUCCUCCAGUGGAGCCCAGACCCAAGCAAGCCAGCAAGUAUGACAAACUCCCAGUGAAAGUUGAGGAGAGAGAGGCUGUGGCUGAUUGUGUGGAGGAUCGAUCAGAGCUGCUAGGCCUGGCCGGGGAGUUCACCAGCGGGCUUCUGCAUUGGAAGGCAGGCGGAGGGGACUCCACUGCCCAUAUCCAGACCCAUUUCGAGAAACGUAGGGAAGAAGAAGCAAAACAGAAGCUCUUAGAGAAUCAGGAAGGUUCACAGGCACCAGGACAAGAAACGGUUGAAGAGGAGCACGGGAGGGAAGAGGAACUGAAAAGAGAGCUUCCAGGGCCCUCAGAGGAGAACUUGACAGCCACUGUGGAUGACAUGCUACGUUCUCGUCCAGGGUCCUUAUCAGGAGGUGAAACCCAGACAUCAUUCCCCUUCCGCAACAGAGAGAACCAGAGCAGCAUUACUUUGCUGGAGGAUGAGCCCCGAUGCUGGGAUGAAGCACCUCUUUCAGUCGCCGAGGGCUGGCAGGAUGAGUUGGCCAAGCGCUGCAUCUGUGUGUCCAAUAUCAUUCGUGGACUCUCCUUCGUCCCGGCCAAUGACAGCGAAUUGGCUCAGCACCCAGGUUUAGUGCUCAUUCUCGGAAAACUUGUGCUUCUGCAUCAUGAGCACCCUAAAAGGAAAAGGAUGCUGCCGACCUACCAGCGAGAGGAAGAGCGAGGUCUGGCUUGCAGCAAGGACGAAUGGUGGUGGGACUGCCUUGGUGCCUUGCGUGAGAACACCUUGGUCACCCUUGCCAACAUUUCAGGACAGCUAGACCUGUCUAUCUAUCCGGAAAGUAUCUGCCUUCCAAUUCUGGACGGGCUGCUCCACUGGAUGGUGUGCCCUUCGGCGGAGGCCCAGGACCCCUUUUGCACGGCAAAUGGCUUCUCCUCACUCACACCGCAGAGGCUGGUGCUGGAGUGUCUGUGCAAACUGAGCAUCCAAGACUCUAACGUUGACCUUCUGCUGGCCACGCCUCCUUUUAGCAGACAGGAGCGCUUCUUUGCCACAUUAGUGCGGCACGUCGGUGAGCGAAAGAGUCAGGUGUGCCGCGAGAUGGCCGUAGCCAUUCUCUCCAAUCUUGCACAGGGCGACCCCACAGCUGCCCGAGCCGUUGCCCUGCAGAAGGGCAGCGUGGGAGCCUUGAUAAGCUUCCUAGAGGACAGCGUUUCCAUGGCACAGUAUCAGCAGAGCCCUCACAGUCUCUUGCACAUGGGACACCCCACCCAUCCCGAGCCACCCAGCAUCAACAUGAUGUGCCGGGCCGUCAAAGCCCUGCUGGCCAUGGCCCAGGUGGAGGAGAACAGGCCUGAGUUUGUGCUCUACGAGAGCAGGCUUCUUGAUAUCUCGCUGUCCUCCAUGCUGAACUCUGGCGUGGCGGCCAUCCUGUGUGAGGUACUGUUUAAGCUCGGCCGCUCGUGACAGGCACAAAGGAGCGGGAGCCUAGAGUGCCAUCAUGGGAACGUACAGUACGGCUAAGCUGAGCCACAGAGAUCACACAGAACUGUCGGUGUUAUAUUUUUAUUUAAGGAAAAGAACACAAUCGUUUUUACAUACAAAUGAAUAUAUAGAGAAUAUAUAUAGCUCCUCUGCCCCAUUUCCCAGUUUUCAUUUUGGAUUUUUAAAUGAUUUUAAUACGGAUAUUUAAUACUUGGGUCUUUUUGUUUUUUUUAUUUGUUUCGUUUUGUUUCAUCUGUGUAUUUUCUUUCGUUUGUUUUAACCAAAGUUGGCAUCUGAUACCGUUAGUUUUUAGAGUAUUUUGCUCUCAGAAUGUUUUUAAUUGUUUUGAUGCAGUGUUUCGUUUGUUUUCUUGUGGGACUUUGUUUAUUCGGGGAAUGCAAAUUUAUUUAAAUUGUGAGACAUGUUGUAGAUAGAAUUUCUCUUGAAAUGUGCUGCGAUAAAAGAACAAAAAAAAAAAAAAA